AUGUACUCCCUCUUGAGUAAUUGUCCCAUUCUGUCUGACGAAGAUGCUGACGCAUGCCCAGUCGAGUCCGCCGAUAAAGUCGCGUGGAGCCCGGGGCUUUACCAUCGCAAGCGACCUAACCUCCAUAUCGAAAUCGACCAGGGCGGCGGGCGCGUGUUGCAGACCCCGACGCGGAAGCGCGAGUUAGCCCCGCGGUGGGAUUACGUGGCUGAGAUCGCGCCCGAAACUGCGCCGAAUGCCACCAUCGCAUUGCGCCUUUACCACGAUACGACGUUUCCUGGACGCGGGCCCGCCUUCCUAGGCGAAUGCAAGACGACAGUGGGUGAACUCUUGAACCGCGAGCAAGUCGAACUCGACAUGAAGUCCAACAGCACACACAAUCCGAUUUCCGCGCGCAUCGCCGUGCGUCUCAGCCACUCCACGCCUGUCUCUCCACGCACCAGCGUUGACGACCACGCUCUUACCAAACCCGCAACAACAAGUCCACAGGUAGGCUCCGUCCAGCCGCGCCAAUCGCGCCGCCUGUCGGGGUUCAGCUUGCGCCGUGUCAGCGCUAGCCUUGGCAGCCGGCGGACCAGCAUGGAGGUGACUUCGGCUGGCGAGGCCGAAAUGCCAGCCCUCGUUGCGGCCUCGUCAGCGUCGGGAGAUGUUCCCAAAGGACACGAUGAUGCCGUCCCCAAUGCCGGCGUGGAAUCCGCUGAGCGAGACGAUGAGUUCAGUCACGCGGCGGCCCGCAUAGAGCGACUCGUGCGCGCAACACAAGGGGUGGGCGAGCAUGCCGCGUUGCAUCUCUACCUCCACCUUGCUUGGAAGAUCAUUUAUUCCGUCCCUCAUACUGGCCAAACUCCAAGCGACGUUGCCGUGCUGACUCAGGCCAUUGCCGACCUUUACCCCAGCGACGCAGGGCACAUCGCCAGCAUGCUGGCCGCGAUACGCGCCAGCACCGCGUCCUCCACGACAUUCCUGCAACUGGCGCAACAGACGGUGGAGGCGGGGAUAUUCCUGCGCGCGGUAGUCCAAGGACAAUUCGUGUCUGAAGGGGUUGCCCGACAAGCCGACGAGUUUGCCCAAGCACUGGGCCGGCUGAAGGCGGCCUUCGACUCUGGUGUUGAAACAUUGGAAGCGCUCGUUACCACAGCGUCGUGGGGGGCAUCAUCAGGCAUCGAGGACACGUCUUCUUGGGCGCUCGACCGACCGAGCUGCCUCCCGGGCACCCAGCAGGCUCUUCUCUCUUCUCUCGGCACAUUUCUGCUCUCUUCUUCUACCACCAACACAGCGAACACGUUGCUCCUCACUGGUCUCCCUGGGACCGGCAAGUCCACCAUAGUUCACACCCUCGCGCGCGCGCUUGCUCCGUUGCAUCGGCUUGGGGCAUAUGUGUGCAUCGAUCGCGAUAAUUCGGCGGGCGCCGAUGCCCGCGCCGUGAUGCGGGAGAUCGCGAUACAACUUUCGUCUCACGUGCCGGGAAUGGUACCGCCGGAGGACCUUCGUCUGCCGCCCAGGAUGCUCUUCCGUGCGCUGAUCUGUGAGCCCCUGCGGCGUCUGCGAAUCGCCGGCCCAGUGGCCAUCAUUCUCGAUGGCCUGGACGAGGCGCAGGCUCUCGCGACCCGCGCGGCAUUGCUUGAUUUAGUGAUGGCCGAGUUCGGCGCACUCCCGCCGGGCGUGCGGGUCCUCGUUACGCUUUCAUCGCAGCCGUCUUCUGCUCCGGCACACGUUUUAUUCCGCAGCAUGUCUGAGCACCCCGACGUUGCACGGCGUGAUGUACUCCUUUUCCUCCGCCACGCGCUGGCACACACUCGGCGGACGAAAGGAAUCACUCACGGUGCCUGGCCCGGGGAGGCGACAAUACAGAGCCUUUCUCACCAUGCCGAUGUUUCCUUUGGAUGGGCCACAACGGCAAUGCGCUUCGUGCAUCACACAUACGACCCCAAGAAGCGCCUCGCCCUGUUACUGGCACCAGCCAACAACAUCAAGCACAGCCUGCCUGCAUUAUACGCUCGCCUGCUCACACACUGCGUCGACUGGAAAGACCCCGUGACUGCCGCGGAUGCGGGCCGUGUCCUCGGCGUCCUGGCCCGUGCACAGGCUCCACUCAACGAACCCGCGAUCAGCGCGCUGCUUGCAUUGCCUGAUGGCCGCGUGGGAAGUGUGCUCCAUGCGUUGAAUUCGCUGGUGGAGUGGACGCCGGGACAUGUAGCGAGGCUUAUCCACCCCAGCGUCGCCGAGUUCUUGCUAGCACCCGCGGCUGACUCGGAUCAGUCCCGGCUGUGGCGCGUAGACCAGGGCCUCCUCGCGAGUGGGUGUCUGCGUGUGCUCAAUGCACAGCUCGGCUUCAACAUGGCUGGCCUGGAGUCCUCGUAUGCGAUGAACGCGGAAAUAGACGGCCUCGCGGAACGCGUAAGCACCGUCAUAUCGGCGGAGACAAGAUAUGCGGCGGUCUGGUUUGCACACCAUCUCCGCGAUGCGCUGCCGGACGCCGAACUCAUGACGCUGCUGGACACAUUCUUCACCCAGAACGCGCUCUUCUGGCUCGAAUCACUCAGUCUGCUGGGACAUAUCCCAGUUGCGAGCGGCGCACUUGCCGUGACGCUCCAUUAUCUCCAAAAGCACCAUGCGGACAGUACAACCAUCCCCCUCGUGCGCGACCUAAUGCGCUUCGUGGACGCAUUCGGCCAACUAAUCACGCAAAGCACGCCCCACCUAUACCUCUCCGCGCUCGCCUUUGCGCCCAGCACUUCCACACUGAAGCGGCUCUAUGCGCCGCGGUUUCAACGCCUCGCCCGGCUGACGGGGCCCCGGGCCGCCCGCUGGCCGGCGUUGAAACACCUGUUUCGGCCCCCGCAGCGUGGAAUCAGCGCCGCUGUUGUGGACGGCAGGAUCGCUUGCGGGGCAUGGGACGGCACGGUGCAAAUUCUCGAUGCGGAGAGCGGCGAGAUGGUGUGCGCGCCGCUCACGGGGCACACCCACGGCGUCACCGCGCUUGCGUCCUUCGUGGGGCCUGGCGGGGGCGUGCGGCUCGUCAGCGGCUCGGCGGACCGGACGGUGCGGGUGUGGGCCGGGGAGGUGCCAGGGCCGGUGAUGCGGGGACACACGGAGGGCGUGACGAGUGUUGUCGGCGGCGAGAGCGUUGUUGUCGCCGGGUCGUAUGACCGCACGGCGCGCGUGUGGGACGCAGAAAGCGGGGCGCUGCGGGCCGUGCUGGAAGGCCAUACCGGGCCGGUGCACGCCGUGGCGCUUUCUCACGAUGGAACGCGGGUGGUGACCGCCUCUGCGGACAAAACCGCGCGCGUGUGGAGUUUGGACGCGGCAAGGGACAGAGGCACGACGGUAACGUUCCGCGGACACGCGGGCUGGGUCAACGCGGUUGCCUUCUCGCCGGACGGGACCCAGGUGUUGUCGGGCUCAAACGAUCACACGUGGUGCGUGUGGGACGCGGUGUCCGCGGCCGUCACUCUCGGCCCGAUCUCCGGCGCGAGCGCAGUUUCGGCCGUUGCCUGGAGCCCCGACGGCAAACGAGUGCUAACAGGCGCUGUCGACGGCAUGGUGCGCUUGUGGGAUGCAGUAGACGGCGCAGAAAGGGGGACGUUGAAGGGCCACACUGGCGUCGUGUCGACCGUGCAGUUCAAGUUUGCUACUCCCCUCCAGUGUAUCUCCUGCGCUGACGACGGCAGCGUGCGGGUUUGGGACCUGACCGAUCUCGAGGACGUCAAUGACACGUCAACAACGCACAGUGGCCCAAUCACGUGCGUGUCGUACUCGCCUGACGGCGCCAGCAUCCUCGCAGGGUGCGCUGACGCCUCCCUGUGUCUGUUCGACGCGCAUACCGGGCUUCCCGCUCGAUCGCCGCUGCUCGGCCACCUUGGCAAGAUCACGUGUGCACUGUUCGCGCCGGACGGGCGCCACGUCGCGUCGGGCAGCAGCGACGAGACGGUGCGCAUUUGGGACGCCGCGGCGGAGUCGAGCAGAGCGCUGCACGUGCUGCGCGGACACAAGAAGGGCGUGACUGCAAUCGCCUACGCGCCCGAUGGGACACGCCUUGUUUCGGGCGGGCAGGACCGCACCGUGCGCCUGUGGGAUCUCGCGGGGGGCGGUGCUACACGGCAGCUACGACUACAUACCGACUGGGUCACCGCCGUUGCGUGGUCGGCGGACGGGACGCACAUCGCCAGUGCGUCGGACGAUCAGAGCGUCUCUGUUGUUGAUGCGGCCAGCGGCACACCCGUCGGCGGCCCGCUGCGGCAUCCGGCCGUGGUCACGAGCGUUGCGUUUGCGCCGGACGGCAGCACGCUCGUGGCCGGGACGCGCGGGAAUGCGCUCCACCUCUGGAACGUCGCGAGCGGGACGAUGGGUGCUGUUCUCGCCGGCCACGCGGACUGGGUGAACAGCGUCGCGUUCUCGCCAAGCGGCAAGUACAUCGUCUCUGGCUCGGACGACCGGACCGUGCGAGUAUGGGAUGUGGUUGGGACCGGGACCGCGCAGGCUGGUGGGGUAUGGCGGGGCCACGCGGGUUGGGUACGCAGUGUUGCUGUGUCCCCCGCCGGAACGCACGUCGUGAGUGGCGGAGAAGACGGCACGGUACGCGUCUGGAAACUGGGCGUCGAGAGCCAUCAGCCCGCCGACUGGACCCCGGAUGUCCAAGCAGACCGCUGGCUCGUCGAUACCCAUGGGCAGAAGCGCCUCCGCCUCCCGCCAUGGCGUGACGAUGACAUAUGCUACCCAUGGAACACAUUCGUCAUCCGCCCCGACGGCGUGGAGCAGCUGAUCCUAGAUAAUUUUGUGCAUGGGGCUGCAUGGGCGACAUGUUAUGCGGGGAACUAG